GCCAAAUUUCUCCAUAAUCCUCCUCCGCUACGUCAAGUCCUUCCCAAGCCCUUCGAGAUUUUUCUCUUCCAUAUCUUCUUCAACCAACGGACAAAUGCUCCCUUGCCGUACCUCAAAUCGAGCUCAUUAUCAAUGGCAGAAAAAAUCAUGUAACAUUACAGCAUUGUUGUUGAUCAAGCACUCUGCGUGCUGCACCUUUGCAAGGUUUUCUCCAGGUUGAAAAUCACUUUGAGAGUAUGAUAAAUAAUUUAAUCUGAAUUUCUUGGGGUUCCUGUUACCAGAAGGAAAUGAUAAGAGACAGUGAGUUUAAAUUACGGAUUCUAUCAGGCCUGAAAAGAUUGAAAGAGAAUCAACAAACCAAUACAGUCGGCAAAUUGAACAGUCUGCAUCCUUGGGUAAAACAUGGUCCGUUAUAUGAAACAAGACGCCGUUAAUUGUUCUGAUGCCAGUCCUGUUGAAUCAAAGGUGAAAACGAAAAAUCGUUGCCCGGGCUUCAUUCAUAAAUAUUAGAAUGCCAUCCGUAGCCUAUUUUGGAGUACGAUCUGGAGAGGAAAGCGUGGGCGUCCUCAAGAGGCAUUGUCUUUGUUUCACCGAAUGAAUAGAACAGGGAUGCCAACUGAUCCUUUAACCUUUGCCAAUAUACUACCCGCAUGUGCCAAAAUGGGAGCUUUGGAACAGGGUAUACAGAUCCAUCAAAGAAUAAUUGAAAGAGGAUUUUUGUCAAAUAUUGUAGUUGCCAAUGCUCUGAUGGAUAUGUAUGCCAAAUGCAGAAGGAUUCAGAAGGCAUGCCAAGUGUUUGACAAGAUGCCUCAACGGAAUGUGGUCUCGUGGAAUGGGAUGAUUUCCGGAUAUACACAAAAUGGUGACCUUGACCAGGCAUUAAGGAUUUUCAGGAAAAUGUCUAAUCGGAAUGUGGUCUCAUGGAAUGCAAUCAUUGCAGGAUAUGUCGAAAAGGGUGUUCUUGAUAAAGCUUUAAGGCUUUUCAAAGAAAUGCCUCAGCGGAACAUGGUUUCGUGGACUACAAUGAUCGCAGGAUAUGCACAAAAUGGAUUUGUUGAGUCAGCCUUAGAGAUAUUCAAGCAAAUGCAAUUGGAAAGUGUAGAGCCAGACUCAGCAACCUUUGCCAGCAUACUCCCAGCUUGUGCCAAAUUCGGAGCAUUGGAACAUGGUAUGCAGUUACAUCAAAAAAUAAUUGAAAGUGCAGUUUUGCCAAAUGUUGUGGUUAUAAAUGCACUGAUAGACAUGUAUGCUAAAUGUAAAUGCAUACAGAAGGCACGCACAUUGUUCGACAAAAUGUCUCAGAGAGAUGUAGUCUCAUGGAAUGCGUUGAUUGCAGGGUAUACACAAAAUGAUUGCUUUGAUGAGGCUUUAUGGCUUUUUAAAGAAAUGCCUCAGCCAAACGUGGUUUCAUGGAAUGCAAUCAUAUCUGGAUAUGUACAAAAUAAACUUGAUGAAAAGGCCUUGGAAAUUUUUAAGGAAAUGCAAUUAGCAAGUGUAAAGCCAGACUCAGCAACCUUUUCCUGCAUCCUCACAGCUUGUGCCAGAAUUGGAGCAUUGGAAGUGGGUAUGCAAUUCCAUAAAAUAGUAAUUGAAUGCAGUUUUUUGUCAGACGUCGUUGUUGUGACCUCACUCAUAGACAUGUAUGCAAAAUCUGGAAGCAUACAGAAGUCACGUAAACUGUUUGAUAAAAUGUCUCAACCAAAUGUGGUUUCGUGGAAUGCAAUAAUUUCUGGAUAUGCUCAAAAUGGAGUUCUUGAUGAAGCCUUAGAGUUUUUUAAACAAAUGCCUCAAAGAGAUGUAGUCUCAUGGACUGCAAUUAUUGCAGGAUAUGCACAAAAUGGGCUUGUUGAAAAGUCUUUGGAAUUUUUCAAUCAAAUGAAAUUUGCAGGUGUAAAGCCAAACUCUGCAACCUUUGCUAGCAUUCUUCCAGCAUGCGCGAAAAUGGGAGGUUUAGAUCUGGGUAUGCAGUUCCAUCAAAGAAUAAUUGAAAGUGGAAUUUUGUCAGGUGUUGUUGUAAAUGCUUUGAUAGACAUGUAUGCCAAAUGUGGAAGCAUACAAAAGGCCCGGAAAUUGUUUGACGAGUUGCAUAAUCCAAAUCUGGUCUCAUGGACUACAAUGAUUGCAGGAUAUGCCAUGCAUGGCUAUGGAAAGGAUGCCCUGAAACUCUUUGAACUAAUGAAAGACUCUAGAAUCAACCCCAAUCAUGUAAGCUUUGUUUGGCUUUUACUUGCAUGCAGUCAUGCAGGUCUAGUGGAGGAGGGCUGUAAAUACUUCAAUUGUAUUGGUGAUAGUUAUACUACAAUGGAUCAUUAUGUGUGUGUUGUUGACCUUCUUAGCCGCGCAGGAUAUCUUGAGGAAACCCUAAACUUUAUCAUCAAAAUGCCACUCAUACCUGAGGUGGCUGUGUGGAUGAGUUUACUUGGCUCUUCUAAAUCUCAUAAAAAUACAAGGCUAGGAGAAUUUGUGGCAACACUCCUUUUGGAGUUAGAUCCUAAAAAUGCCGCAUCUUAUGUUCUUCUUUCAGACAUUUAUGCAGAAGUGGGUAGGUGGGGUGACGUUCAAAAUAUAAGGAAAUUGAUAAAGGAUAGAGGAAUCAAAAAGAUACCUGGAUGUAGUUGGAUUGAAGUCCAAGAAAUGAUAUAAAACUUUUUGUGUAGGACAGUGUUUACAGUCAAAACACAGAAGGUCAAUGUAGAAUUGGAGAAAUUUUUUUGGGAGAUUAAAGCAGUGGGGUCUAUUCCAGGUCCAAUGCCUGAACUGAAUGAUUUCAAGGUAUAAUUUAUUAUCCCUCUGUUCAAAGGCGAGAAGUUGUCAAUUAUUUCAAGGUAUAAUUUAUGACCAUUUGAGGCCUUGUAUCCA